GCAGCCCCGCUUGUUACUAUCUGUUUCUAGUUGGGCGACAUUGAGAUGUUUAUAGCUCCGCCCCUGAGGCGGUACGCAUCGUGACGUCACGGUGUCGCGGCGGCUCAGCCGGCUGUGGGCUGUAUUAAGAAACUCGGGACUGUGUGGGUUAAAGGGUGACUGUGUAGCGGUAUGCCUUAGAUUCUGUGUGAGCAGGGCCGUAGCGGAGGGCUGCCAUGGAAUACUUGCUCCAGGUUAAGCUGGGAUGCCUGUUUGGGCUUCUGCUUCUCACCUUAUUAUUCGGGCUGGUGCCUUCCAGGGUAAAGUGCUUCCGCGAAGGGCUGGAAAGAGGUGAGUGUCGGCCAGAGGCACAUCAGAGAUGGAUCAGCUUCAUUAGCUGCCUAGCAGGAGGAGUCUUCUUGGCAGCCUGCCUCUUGGAUAUUAUUCCUGACUUUCUAAACGACAUGAAGGAGGAGAUGAUAAAUCAGCAAAUAAAAACUGACUUUCCACUUCCAGAAUUUAUUUUGGGCACUGGAUUCCUCAUUGUUCUAAUAGUAGAGCGUAUUGUUCUGGACUGCAGUGAGACCAUGAGUGAAGAGACUACCCCACUUCUCUCUGGCGGCUCCAAUUCACCAGCUAGGCAAGAGCAGCCUCAUGGUCAUUCCCACUCCCACAGCGGCCAUCAUAAUGAUGUAGAGCACCGAAGGCACCACUUUCACGUGGAUUUUCAUGCUCACUCCUCCUUUCGUUCCUUUAUACUCCUCCUGUCUCUGUCCCUGCAUUCAAUCUUCGAAGGGAUUGCUAUUGGUCUACAGAAUGUACAGUCAGAGGUCCUACAGAUAGCUAUUGCUAUUCUUAUCCACAAAAGCAUCAUUGCUGUGAGCUUGUCCCUUCUCUUGCUGCAGAGCAGUGUGCAAACCCGCUGGUUUGUACUCUCUAUUGUUAUGUUUGCACUUAUGUCUCCCCUUGGAAUCGGUAUAGGUAUUGGGGUGAUGCACAAUCAGACUGAUGGAAACCGCAUGGUCCAGUGUGUGCUAGAAGGCUUGGCUGCUGGAACCUUUGUCUAUAUAACCUUUCUAGAGAUUUUGCCACAUGAACUCAAUUCUAAUAAAUGGCGCCUGCCAAAAGUCAUUUUUAUAUUGUUGGGGUUCUCAGGGAUGGCAGCACUAAGAUUCUUAGGGUAAAUGUCUUUGAGCAAUGACGUGCAGCGAGACUUCUUCCCUGUGUCUCUCCUGGAAACUGAAGAGGAGUGUGGCCUGCUCUCAGCGCCGUGAGGUACUGUGUGAUAAACCUCUCUGUUAUAAUCUAUUACCUGUCAGUGGUUUACAGAUGAAACUCAACUGGACUAAUCAUUAUAUUAAUGUUCUGUGCCGAAAACUUGAAAAUCUCCAUAGUUCUGUAUUUUUUUCAUUUGUAAUUUUUUUAAAGCUUUUAAAUAUUUUUGUUAAAUUGCAAGAUUUUAAUAUUUAUUCCUUUCUGGGUAACUUAGCUGGACUCCCCUCAUUCAUUGCUUCAAACAAAAUAGACUCUAUAUCUUCUGUGGGUUUUACAGGAAUGUUGUGUUCUUGUUAUCAAACCAGUGCUGCAUAAAUUCUAAGCUAAGUAAAGCAAUCUCCUUUAAUUCCAGCUGUUAUGGAACUGCAACUCCUGCUGUUCCCAACAAUUUGUAUUAACUGGUUACUUGUUCCUGUUUUAUAUUGCUAGACUGGUGCCUUACAAGGGGGCUAAGAAGUGGAAACCUCUAGUCCCCAUAUAUUCCACAGGUUGAUUUGCUUACAGCCAACGAACAAAAACCUGCAAAAUGCACUCUAUUAAUUUACCUAUAAUUAAACCAAUUAAGUAAUGCAUUAAUUUGCCUUUUUGGACAUGGCUUACAUUAAGCUUGUGUUUAACUGAAACUUAGGAAGUGUAUUCUUGCCAACAUUUGUUUUGUUAUUUCGAUGUCAGCUUACAUUGAACUUAUUAUUGUUUUUUAACCUUCAUCUUUCAAACCCAAUUAACCCAUGAAGAUUGUGCUGCUAAAACAUUAAUUCACCAAUAAACAACUCAAUCUAAACAA